CAAAAAAAAUGUGAAUGUACUCGUGGAAGAAAAUAAUUUGCAAGUAACUCUAAUUUUAGGUUGUUUUCAGUAAAAAGGAUUUAUGGUACUUUAUGAUCCCUUUGAUUUACACCAUAUUAUUCGAAGAAUAGCUUGACUGCUAUCUCAUGUGAUUAUGCAACGGUAUAGUGAGUUGCAACUUUCUGUGAAAUUUUUGUAAUGAAUUUCUGAAGUGACGUCAUGGUUACUACAUUGUUUCCCCAAUAUUGAACCCAUUCUUGUUCACAGGUAUACCCACCAACGACGUUUUGCUUCAGAGUAGUUGAAAACGUGAUAAGGAAUCAGCUGAAAACUGAAAAGCAAAAUGGCUUUGCUUAAAUCACUUCCAAACAGAAAUCCUAUAGUUCUAUUGUUUAUGGUCUUGGCUUUGGGCUGCAUGAAGUCCUCCCAACAAGGCAGUGACCUGUCCCCGGCCACAACAUCGCACACCAAGGAGUCAACCCCAACCCUGAAUACUUCACUAGGACUUUCAGAACGUUCUUCUACGGCGCUAUCUACAUAUUCGGGUUCAGGGGAGGAAACUGAUUGGGGGGAAGUCGAUGACCCGACACUGGACCUGGGCAGCAAGCAGUUUGCAGACACGUCGACAAAGAAGUAUGCACAGGAAGUCCUAACGGGGUCGACACCGGAGCCAUCCUCGUGUAGCACGCAGAACUCUCCGUGUACUGUUACCGUCCAAGCUGAUGACGUCAUUGUGGACUGCAAGGGUAAACGUCUUGUUACUCUAUGUUCUGAAUGGUUCCCAAUCGACACUACAAUCCUUUGGCUGGACAAUAACUGUUUGGACAGUAUUGAAAAGAAUGUUUUCUCCAAACUCUCCCUACUCCGUGCUCUGAGUGUCACUAAUAAUGUUAUAAAUUAUGUUGAAGAUGAUGCUUUUUAUGGCCUUGAGAAACUAGAAGUUCUUAACCUUGAGCACAAUGGCCUGGACGAUUAUUAUGCAUGUUUUUUAUGGGCUAUGUUGGAUGACGACGAAGAGGCGGGUGUGCUAAAACAUCUCCCUGCUUUGCGCGAAUUCAGGGCAAACUACAACUAUCCCUCGACGGACAUGUGCGAUUUCAAUCAGUUCAUCGUAGAAAUACGACAUCUAAGCAAACUACAACUUCUCACUCUUGACAUCUUUGGGCCAGAACUUGAGGAGCAUACUGUAUCCACAAGAUUGUUUGAGAAAUUAACUCGUUUAGAGAUGUCCCUUUUUUCUGACACUCUUUCUAAUCAAACUUUUCGAGCUUUUUGGAACUCCUCAUUAACACAACUUAUCAUUGUGAAUGCCCCACAGCUUAAAGUUAUUGAAGAGGAUACUUUCGUACCUCUGAGAUUCCUGGAAACACUUGUGUUAUCAAACAGCGCAGUCGGUUUCGGCAAUUGCGCUCAGGCACUUAAACCAUUUGUAGGACGGCUGCUGACAGAACUCGUUUUCGAUAACGUUAACCUUCAUGAGAAAGUAUUCUUGAACUCAUACUCAGGCUGCCCCAAAAGUGAGGUAGACAGAUUUCCUUUUAUUGGAGACUGCAGUGAGCUUUGGAAGUAUAGGUAUUUGCCGCACAUCUGUUCAGAGCGAAUAAGUUUUAAAUCGAACAACAUUGCUAGCCUUACUUUUGCUUUCAGUGAAGGGCUGACCUCCCUCUACACUUGCACCAGAGUUCUUGAUUUGUCAGGAAAUGACCAAUUUCAUUUAGAUAUAAAUCUAUGGACUUCACUUACGGAACUGUCGGUGACAUAUAGUAAGAAAAUGUGGUCAUUUAGAGACAAUAUCAAAAAGCAGUACCUCGACGGGCUUCGCGACUUGAACAACGAGAGAUCUACUUCCCGUUGUGACCCAGAUGGAAGUGAAAUUGUGGACUGCAUAAGUCCUGAUGAAGUUCUCUUGGUCAGCUCAUUACGAAAGCUCAAUAAUUCAGCCUCUGUAUUAGAUUACUCAACAAGAGUCUGUAAUGAGGUAGAGUAUUUCAACGCCACUGGACUGGAGGAACUUGACCUCAGCAGGAACGGCUUCCGCAAUGUUAGAGGUAGUAUAAAGGGCCUGAAAAAUCUUAAGAGGUUUAUUUUCUCUCACAACGACCUCGCAGAGUUCACUGACACUUAUUUCGACCAUUUCCCAAAUAUUCAAUAUAUUGAUUUAUCUUUCUGUAACAUACAAGACUCUUUUUUGACUUCUCGUGGGAGGAGACUUUUCAAAAAUGUUUUAAAAUUAAAGCAAGUGGUCCUAAGUAAUAAUGAUCUCAGCGUCAUGGCGCCAGACACUUUUGAGGCAAAUAAAGAGCUGGAGAUAAUUGACAUUAGCCGAAAUAGAUUCUCUUCCCUUCCGAUAGACGUAAGAUACACACCAAGUUUACAAGUCCUGAAUUUGGCACAUAAUUCCCUGUCUUUUUUUACAUUAGAGGGAAUGAAAAAACUGGACGAGCAUUAUCGUAAACAGUCCAACUUUACCUUACUCUUAGACGGAAAUCUUUUGUCAUGCUCCUGUGAUAACAUUCAGUUUCUGCUGUGGUUAAGAUCUACUCACAUCGCCCUCGACAAAGCUGCCAAUUUUACCUGUAUCAGCAAAGGAGCUGUGGUCUCCUUCACCCAAGACAUCCCGCACCCAAAGGUACUCUGGCGACAGUGCUUUGGGGGAACCUCCCUCCUCAUUUCACUCUCGCUGUUGUUAAGCCUCCUCCUCUCCGUUCUCAGCGUGGUCGUUUAUUUCCGGAACAGAACCUUCGUGAAGGCCUUCGUCCUGAGAGCGUUGAUGCCCGAGUUCCGACCGAAAAAGAGAGAGGAUUAUCCUGUGGGUGUCUUCAUUGGUUACGCUGAGCGGGACUACCGCUUCCCUUGUUUCCCUCUGAGAGAGUUCAUCGAGGGUCGCUUGUCUCUGACCACCUACAUCCGUGAUCGGGACAUGUUGGCAAACCAAACCAUGGGGGAUGCCAUUGUGCGAGCGAUCAAUGCGAGCUGGCGUUUGCUUCUCGUGGUCACUCACAAGUUUCUGGACGAUGACCCCUGGGCACACUUCACCAUCAAGACGGCCGUCUACUCCGUGACUCCUGCAAACCCGCACCGCUUGGUCGUCUUGACAACCUAUGACGUCAAAAGACGACUUCCGGCAGACCUUCUGAGUAUGGUAUCUGAAAGCAACAUCAUUGUAGCUCCUUCCUUUAGGAUGAACUACGGGUUAAAAGAACAGCUAAGGACACGCCUAUGCGCUUGACAUUGCAUUUGUAAUAUUUGGUACUAAGAAAAGCACCAUCACACUCCUUCCCUCCAUCCCUUCUACAAAUAAGGGAGAAAAAACCCAAAAACGACAACAAAAACCAAUACAAACAAAAACCAACAAUUACCACAAUGACAACAAUAAUCAAAAGAUGAAGCAGAAAAAAAGAAGACUAAUAUUAAUUAGCGCGGCUAAAAAUAAAGAUCCUCACUUUGACGGGCACGAAAUAUUUUUUUCAUCUGAGACUCUUGAAUGGAUCCUCUUGUCCAAUUGGCAGGUCAUUUGAACUUUGUUGAUCCAGUUCUAUUUCGCCGGCUGAUAUCAGUAUGCUAUAAAAAAAAAAAA